GGAUUACCUAUCCGGCGGAACAAUUUCCGGAUUGGAGGAAAAUCCACUUGUAUACUGUUGACAGAAUACAGCCUUAAAAAUGGUUUCUAUGACAUUACACUCGUUAAAACAAAUAUUCCGGCAUAUGUUGGACACUCGGGGAUUUGAUCGAGUUUUAAGUAAGGUGGACAUCUUAACAGCCAGUCCGGGGAAAGUGGUGUGUGAGUUCAAAGUAGAGGAGGAACACACGAAUCGAGGUGGCACCCUUCAUGGCGGUCUGACAGCAACACUAGUCGACGUCAUCUCCACCACUGCCCUCAUGUACACGGAGCGAGGGGCGCCGGGUGUCAGCGUAGACAUGAACAUCACCUACAUGAACGCGGCCAAGGUGGGCGAGGACGUGCUGAUCACAGCCCAGGUCCUGAAGCAGGGACGGUCCAUGGCAUUUGCUACAGUUGACCUCACAAGCAAAUCCUCUGGAAAACUUAUUGCUCAAGGACGACACACAAAGCACCUGGGGAACUAGAGCAUCAGCUUUAUAGGAAUGCUGCCCCAUGAUUCUGAUCUUGGCUCAGUUUUGCAUUUUCCCCACUAUUGGAUUUUGAGGUGCUCCUAGACCAGUUUCCUAGGGUAGCCGUUGGUGGUCGCAAUGACCCAACUGUGUGGUUGGAAGCUGGUUCUGUAUUAGCCUGUCUCUGGGGGUAAAUAAGUAACUGGUUGUCCACUUAAAUUCUGCUGCAAAUAUUUGUACAUAUAUACGCCAAUAAAACACACUUUAUAAUUUCAGUUUGCACUGUAUUAGAUAUGUUCUGCAGUGAUGAUUUUGAUUCAUUUCAAAAUGAGGAAUAAAACCCAUAUGAAAAAUGACCCACCUUUCACCCACAUUCAAAUAAACAUUGAAUUAACAAAGAAAAACAAAAUUUAAUUUACUGACAGACUGUGCCCAGCAAAGCAAGCUUGCAAAAAACAUCCCCUUUAAAAAAGUUAAGCACUGCACCAGGGCAAAUGGAUCUUAAGGAUACAUAUGCCUGUCAAAUUAAGAAAUAAAAUUUAAAAAAAAGAGCGAUCCGUUAAUUUCAACUCAACCUUUCCCACUGUUAGGUACAUUAACUUUAUAAACAUUUGUUUUUCAAAAUUCAACAUCCUUGCCAACCCACACCUGGAAAAUAAAAUACAUUUAAACAUCAGAUUUCAGUUGGUGAAACGCAUGACUGGCUUGCUAGGUCACACCCUUCAGCAUCUAACCAAAAUAUCACACGGUUGUGUGUGGGUCUGCACUAAGCGUUCACAACACCCUCCCAUUAGUGAGAAUUCACACAUCAGAUCUUAUCAAUGGCCUAUUUCACAGGAAAGCAAAUGACAGCCAAAAAUAAAACAUCCAGCAAAAAAAAAAAAAAA